AUGGCAAAUAAAAUACACAUUGCGACAUACAAUACGUUGUCUUUAAGAACCAAUGAGAGUCUAACGGAACUGAUACUAGCUCUAGAAAAUGUAAAGUGGUCAAUACUGGGUUUGAGUGAAGUCCGACGAGUAGGGGAGAGUAUAGAAGACCAUGGGCAUUUUAUAUUUUAUUAUAAAGGAGAAACACCAGGCUUAUAUGGAACAGAAUUCUUAAUAAAAAAUGAAUUAAAACCAUUUAUUGACGAGUUCAUUGGCGUCUCAGAGCGUAUUGUUAUACUUAAUAUAAAACUACCUCCGAAAAACGAUCGUUGGUCGAUUGUGCAAGUCUACUCUCCAACUGAACAAUCAACUAGAACAGAAAUCGACAUCUUCUACUCCAUGUUACAAGACGCGAUAAUCAAACACUCGCACAACAAUUUAGUAGUGAUGGGAGAUUUUAAUGCAAGAACAGGGGCAAGAGGAGACGGAGAACAAAUGAUAUUGGGUCCGUAUUGUUCAGGCAAAAGAACAAGAAAUGGGGAGAAACUUGUCCAACUGGCAUAUGAAAACAACUUCAAAGUACUAAACACUCUUUACAGAAAACGUGAGAACAACAGAUGGACAUGGAUAUCUCCAGAUGGUCACCACAAAAACGAGAUAGAUCACAUACUAACAAACAAAAGUAAAGACUUUCGGGACUGUAGAGUUUUAAACAAUAUUAAUUUCAACAACAACCACAGGAUGCUAAGAGAUAAGUUACAAAUAAACACACUCAAUAAAGAUAGACCCUUUAAAGUAAAACAAACCAACAGCUUAACACUAGAAAGUACCGAUUCACUAAAAGGAAAGCUAGAACAAUUCAUAGAAAAAACAAAGGAUUUAGACAUACAGAGUAAAUACAAUAAAUUUGAAGAACUCCUCUAUACUACUAAAAAAGACAAAAUGGAAAGUAGAAACAACAGGACAAAAUGGAUAAUAAACAAAACUAAAGAACUGAUAAGAAGUAGAGCAGACCUUAUAUCUAACCCUGAAAAGACAAAAACUAUAAGAAAAGACAUAGCUAAUUUAAGUAAUAAAAUAAAAACACACAUGAGAAAAGACCGUCAGAGAUAUAGAUUGGAACAACUGGAAAAAUGCAUACAAAGAACCGGAGGCACCAAAAAAGCAGCUAAACUACUAUUGGAAAAACGAGAUUGGAUACCAAAUUUAAUAAAUAAAAAUCAUAAAUGCGAGAAGCGUCGCCCUGAAAUCAUAUUAAUAGCCACUCAAUUUUUUGAAGAAUUGUAUUCAAGGAAAUAUACUGCACAGACAGCAAUCCUAACAGGAGGAAAUGAAGUACCGGAUAUAAUACACGAAUAA